AUGGGUUUCAAUCUAAUGAAAGCAAUAUUUCUAUUGAUAGCCGCCCCUAUCCUCAAAGCUUCGAUUAUACCCGCGAGGAGUUCUACUCCUGAUGCUGGGCUAUUACCUGUUCUAGAAUCUGUUAGCCAGCCCACUGAUAUCCAGCAACGCCGCGGUAUACGACCCUUUUUUGCCCUGCUAUUGGCAUACACCCUCAAGGUAGCUAACAAUUGGUUAGAGUUACGGUACCGUAAAGCUGAUGAGUUCGGAAAUGCUCCCGAACAUAACGUCGGUGCGGCGUAUUUUGGAGGCCUAAAACAUGUGCGCGCUCCACCAGCGUUUCGUCCAAGGCCCCCGUCCCCGGGUGGAAGGGGAACGUCGGGGGGUGCGGGCGCUAAUUCACCUCCGCUCAGUCCGCCGAGGCCACCAAGCCCGGGGAUGGGAGCGGGAGCAGGAUCGCGAAUCGAAGGACCGGCUGAGCCUGUUAUACCGCAGUCUGGCAAAGGGGACUGGAGUUAUUUUUCUCAGUCCGGCAAAAAUUCGAAAGAGUGGCUAGAUAAAGUGAUUGCACGCAAGCAGCCCGAUGCGCCACCCCGGCCGUGGCAGGAAUUCUACGCGAAAGAUGCAUCUCCUGUGAAUAUCAAAUUUUCCAAGGAUAUACAGGCGGCGACCAAACUCCCGGAGAGUCUGCAGUUCACCCGACACACUUUCAAGUCGAAAUCUUCAGAAUUGGGAGUGUACGAGAAUGGCGUCAACCACGAAAAAGGUGUCAUGAUGUCGAUCAGAACAAAUAACAAGAAUGACCACCUUACUGCAAAGGAAAAUAGAAUGGAGUGGAGUGAAGCCGCAAUGAAGUCAUGGAAGCAAGACUCCCCAAAAGAUUCCAAGAGCCUAGAGUGGGUUAUAAAGGAUCUUGUGGACAAUGUGGACACGAAGGCGGUUAUGGCGCAGGCGCACGCAAAGGCAGGUUAUCCGGCGGGCAAGGCGGGAGCGCAAUUUCGAUAUGACGAAUCGAAUCCCAAGAUGAAGGAGGCAUUCAUAGCCUUAAGCGGAACUCAGGAGGUUAAAGGGGUUUAUGGCCUGCUGGGCAACAAUCGAGCCGCUCUUGGGGAUAAGAAAAUAUCCUCGAUUUACACCUUUCCGGAUUCACCACAUUUGGCCAUCAAGGUGGACAAAGCGAAGGCUCCCGAAAAGGCGGGAGAACCAGGGCCUGCAAUGAGAGUUCGUUUUAUGGCGAGGCACGGGCUGGCCUAGUGCACUGAAAAGUGGAGUCGAUAUUCCACUUGGGCUACAGAGUACUUCGGUGAGAUGCUCGGUAUAGUUAGUUAUACUCAGCUUUUGAAUUUUGUCUUUUUCUUCUAGAAUUUCUAUUCCGGGUGCACCUGUUCGUUUCGAGGUACAGUACAAUGCCAAUAGACUUCAUUACAUU